AUGUCUGAUAAUUACCAAUUCUUACAAUUUUAUAAUGUGUAUAAAGACAAUAGAAAUAAAUGGGGAACGAAAAUAAACAAAUUAAAUUUCAAUCUAGACAAUUAUAAGAGUUCAAGAACAAAAAUAUUUCUAUAUACGCUCUGGUAUUCUAUUAUAUUUACAUAUUUUGUGGAGUUUUUUUUUAAUUUGUUUUUUUCUUUUCUCUAUAUGCCAUACACAAAUAUUAUAAGCAAAACAAUAUUCUUCUUAUCUAUUGUUGAUUGUAUAUUUGUUAUAAUAUUAACCUGUAGAUCUUUUUAUGCAUAUUCAUAUGAUAAAUCUAAAUCUUUACAUACAUUAGUAAAAUUAUUUUUCGCAUUAAGUGUUUGGUGCUUUAUAAAAUUAUUAAUUUAUGUUACUUAUACAAUCAUAUGUUUUGCAUUCAUAUCUAAUCAGAAGCAUAAUUAUAAUCACCUUUUUUUUUAUCCACCAAAAAAUAUUUAUUUUAAUUAUUUUAUGGAAUUUAUUAUUACAAUAAAUAUUGUUAAAUCGGUGCUCACCCUCUUUACAG